CCCCCCCCCUUUCGUUCCUUUCUUUCGUCCGUGGCGUAGCGUCGAGGUUAUCUUCUCAGUGCGCCCAAUACUCUCCCCACUCCUCCAAGCUCUGGCUGUGUUCGUACUGCGCGAAACACGGAGAUCCUGCCCGUCGGUUCGCUCGAUCGCUCACGGUGGACAGACGUCGCAGGGUUGAACCGCGGAAAUGGACAAUGUCAACAUCACAGACCUGGUGAGAAGACUUGCCAGCAAUGAGGAUAGCGUGCGCAAGAUGGCCGUCUUCAAGCUGCAGUCCAGCAUUGGCGACCCUUCGUUCGCCGACGUGUUCAUCAUGGAAGGCGGAUUGCCCAAGCUGGUGCAUCUGACGCUGUACUCGAGCGGCAACACGCUGGCUUAUGCGCUCACGAGUUUCUCGCGUCUGCUCGAGCUGGACAAGGGAUGGGAGUAUGUUAGCGCCGAGUUGAUAGAGAGAGCAGUGCAACUCGUGGUCACGCAGCCGCUCGUCAACAUCCUACGUAGCGCCGUCUCCGUCCUCGUCGCUAUCGUAUCGCAUCCGUCCACCAGCGCCGCAGGCCCGGGCAACUUUGGCUUCAGGGCCCUCAAGCCCGCUGUGGCCGUGUACCCGCAGUUUUUGUCCAUGCUGGUCUCCAUGCUGUCUUCGGCCGAACAUCUGCUGUGCGCCAAUGCCUUGCAAUUGAUCAACUCGCUGGUCAGGGAUGUUGUCACAAACGACGCGGAGACGGAAUGGCCCAAGUUCAUCAAGAAGCUGCAGGAUCUGGGCGUCAUCAAAGCCGUGUACUUGCUGAUGCAAGGCACAGCCCUGCAGGAUCUUGCGCAGCCCCUACUCGAGUUCCAGAGCUUGACCAAGAUCAUGCUGCGGAAGUGGAGGGAGGUCAAGGUCGACCUAGAAAAGACGGACCACAAGCGCGCGCUGCGAAGCAUAAGCGCUGCGUCGUACCAAGACGACAGGCACAGAGAUCUUGGCAGCAAGAGGCACAGAGACCCAGAACGCUGGCGCCGCGUGGGUUUCGAGACCGAGCUUCCGGGUAGCGAAUUCGACGACACGGGCUUUCUCGGCAUGAUGGACCUCACCGACUUUGUGAUGAAGAAUGAGGAUCAAUUCCGCAAGCUCGUCCUGGAGCAGAGCACGAAAUCUCCCACGCAGCGCGUUCCGAUCGCACGGGCAAGCCUGGCCGUAACACUGGUCUUGUACGAACAUUUCGAGAUCGACAAAGGUGAGGCAGACGACAGCGUGCGUCUUGCCGUGCUGGAGAACAGGGCAAAUUUCGAGAAGGCGUUCAAACCACUGCUGCUGCACUGGUCGCGGUUGCACACCGCGGGACUGAACGCGUUUCUCAGGCUGUGGAAGGCCACGGGCGCGGAGACGGAAGACUUUGACAAAGUCGUCGAGCUCGUCAGGAUUCUGGUCGAGCAGGUCGUCGGCCAGGCGCCGAGGACAAAGGACAUUGCCGAGGCCGAAGUCGAGAUGGGUGAGUUCGACUAUCGCCGGCUGAGGGAGCUGCAGAUGGAAUUGCUGGAUCUAGCGUACGAAGACGCGUGGGGACAUCACUUGAGACAAGUUCGCGACGAGCUCCAACAUGAAGCUCUCCAGUUCGUCAAGGAACAACGGAUCCGAUGUCUGCUGAGCGGGGCAUGGUUCCCGCAUUCUACUGCCUUCAUCGAAUCCGGUCCGGUGACCAAGCACUCGGUCAACAAGCCCGCCCCUUCGAACUGGCGUUUCGUGCGCCUUUCCCACAACAGGCGGUAUCUUCACUACGCCGAUUUCGACACGAAACGGCCUCCGGGCCAAGAGCCGGCACUUGACGAUCUGCCCGACAAGAUCGAUCUCUCGCAAGUCUCGUCCGUCGUGUCGAACGUAUCGACCUCACCUCCGGGAAGCGCUCACAGCGAAGCGAGCACCCUCAAGGGUGCCGCCGGUACCGCCCCGUCAGGUGGGAAGGUCGGCGUGCACUUCAUGCCCGGAGCGUCCGCCACGACGCUGGCAAGCUCAAACGGCACGGGCGGAAACAGCGUGAGCAAGAAGAACGGGGAGGUGAAGCCGCUUCAGAAACCGACUCCGAACCCGUCGACGCGCAUCACCAUCCACGGGUACGCGUCUUCGCGCAAGGCCCCCGCCGCCGCCGAGCAGCAGGAGACCGUGCUGCUGCAGCUCCACCCGCCAACGCACACGCUGGCCUCGGAGUGGUUGGACGGCCUGCUCAUGCUGCUCAACCAGAGCCCCAUUACGGCUGACACGAGCAAGCUCGUCAACCUCAUCGCCGGGUACGGCCUGAAGAUCAGACUCUUGAACGUCAGAUUCGAGGAGGAGCUGGUCAGGCGCGAGGGCGAGGUCAAGAUGCCCAGCCGGGAAGGCCUGGACGAAGAUUAUUGGUAUGACAUUGGAGGAAUGUGAGUCGGUGCUUGAGCUGUUUUUUUCUUUUUUUUUUUACUUGUUGGAUUUCUACGCGAGAAGUUUUUGUAUUCUUCUCAUUUUUUGUUUUUGGGAUUUCAUCGCAGAAAACGGGCUGCAAAAGUGCUCAGAAAGGUAUGCUGCAGCAUUGCAAAAGGAGGGAAUUUCUUUUUUGUGUGUGAGUACAGGACUUAUUGUGUGAGCGUGCGGCUGAGCGUACUUGUGUGCGUGCGUGUGCUAGAUACCCCGCCCUUUUUUUUGGUGAAAACAGGGAGAGGCGGAAUAGGGAACUUGUACAAAUAUAUCACCGUGGCGAGAGUAUUGCCAGAAAAACAAAAGGGGACCAAACUCGACGGCCGUCAUUGAAAGGACUUGAAUCCUGGGAUGCCUAUACAAGACGCUUCGCGCGCGCAGAUGCGUGUGUGUUCACAUUUUACUUAGAGCCGGCUUUCCAACGCCGAAUUCUCUACAAAGCGUGUACCUGU